AUGGAGUCAAAGAAACCAGAAUUUGAAGGAAAGAUAUGCCCAGUCUGCGGUGAUCGAGUAUCCGGAUACCACUAUGGCAUUUUGACUUGUGAAAGUUGCAAGGUAUUCUUCAAACGCACUGUGCAAGAUAGUAAGCAUUUCCGAUGUUCUAUGCGAUCCAACUGCCACGUAGAUCAAUCCUGCCGAAAGCGAUGCCCAAGUUGUCGAUUCCAAAAGUGUCUAGUGAAGGGGAUGAAGACGCAUGUAGUACGUGCAAAUAAAAAAAGAGGUGGAAGGAAUGAAUUCAACUCAUACUACAUAAACGAUCGAAAAGAGAGAAUUGCUUUAUCUAUGCAGUCACAGCCAGGACCACAUUUCACGUCAGCUGGAAAUCAAGCUUCUAGAGUUGCAACUGGUCAAAAUGCACAAACUCAUUAUUAUGAUCCUACAAUUUUUCCACUGCCGGAAAUGAUGCCAAUCACAAUUAACACUCCAUUUCUGGUACCAUCCUCACCAUCCACCAGCAGUCCAUCCCCAAUCCUCCCACUAUGCUCUACACCAACCGAAAGGACAGUGAACCAGUUUUUCAGCAGCUCCAUAUGCAAAACUAUGCCAGAUGACUCCGUCAUACCACUAAUUCUUUCUAGAACUGUCAAAAGUGACGCUCACGCGUUUGCAGUUCAAGUUGCUGAUGAAAAUCUGCGAGAGAUUGUCAAGUGGGCGAAACAAGAUGAAAUGUUCAGCAAGCUCGAAUUGAAUGAUCAAAGGAACCUACUGCAAACGUCCUUGUUGACAAUUCACAUUAUUGAUAUCACGAAUGCAAUGGUGUUGGGCACCAUUCAUCCACAAUACAACAUCGGAAACGGAGAAGAAGUCUCCGUCGGCUUCAUUGCACUUCUUGGUAACCAGAACUUGGUGUCUUCUUGGGAGAAUAUAGUAAUCAGACUAAGGCACUUCGGAUUCAACAAAUACGACUAUUGUGCUUUCCGUUGCUUGGCUCUACUCGAUGAAGGACAUAACACCACGGUCUAUGCGAAGAGGUUACAAGUACUCCACGCUUGGAGUGAAGCCAGGUCGAACACCGCGUUCUUAGAAAUCUUCGAUCAAAUCAGACACCUAGCCAGCAUCUCAAUUCAAUAUGUUUGGGGACUUCAAUACACCCGUCCUUCCGUUUGGGCACUUCUCAAUCCGAAUACAUCGGUUGCUGUUGAAUUGAUCAAAGCCAAUGCCACCUGUUCAUCUGGUGGUACAGAAGUCACUUCAAGACAAUUGCAAACUCCUCAAACAAUUUAUGCACAUGUAGUGCACAUGACUUCCUAA